UCCACAAGGAUAGUCUCAGGGUUUCUACAAUUCUACUUUCUAGACGGCCUCCAAUUUCGAAAGCUGGUUCACACACAGUCCAAGUCAACCAAAGCCUGCCUUGUUCGAAGCAGCCUCCGCAGUCCUCACCCACUCCCGCGACCACCACCCUAUUACGGUAUUACCUCAUCCAUGCCAUCUCACUCCUCCAACCCCUCACUUCCCCUCCUCUCCGAUGCCCCCAAUCGCCUUCCCUCAGGCGAUCUUCGUCUCCGUCCUCCUCUUCUUCUCCGUCGCUGUCACAACGACGUCGUUCCCUUCCGAUGACAUCACCGGCCUCUCUUUCAAAUGCGCCCCGACCUUCGACUGUGGGCCUUUCAAGAACCUCUCCUACCCAUUCACCGACACAACCCACCCGGCCAACUGUGGUACGCCCGAGUUCCGACUCUCCUGCGAAGACGACUCGCCCAAGUUGACCAUCGCGUCGCUGAGUUACCGAGUCCUCCGGCUCGACCAGGCCGCCAGAACCAUGACCCUCGCCCGCUCCGACCUCUGGGACACCACGUGCCCACAGGAAUACACCAAUUCCACUCUGGAUUCCUCUGGAUUCACGUACGCUACUGACAAUGAGGACCUCACUCUCUUCUUCGGUUGCUCCUCGGGUCUGCCCGGGACGCCUCCUAAUCUGUUUCAUUGUACCUUCCUUGGGAAUGCGAACCGGAGCGACGCUUAUUAUCUGACCGGUCCGGUUCCUACCGAUCCGAUUCUGAGCCUUAUUGAAUGCAGCGUCGGUGUCAGCCUGAAAAUCCUCAAAACGGCGGCAUCCGAGCUCAGAACUAAUCGGUCCACGCUUGGGGAGGUUUUGAUGGAGGGUUUCAAGGUGAAUUAUAGCGAUGUGUACGGUGAUACGUGUGCCAAGUGUCUGGUUUGGGGUGCGCAAUGUGGGUUUCAUUCGAAGUCGGGCAAACCCGUUUGCCUUUGUGGCAAUCAGACGUGUUCCGCGCCAGGCAAGUCUAAGAGUAAUACUGUACCCCUUGCAGUAGGCAUUGGCAUAGGAGGUGCAGGCAUUGUUGGCAUUUUUCUAGGUUGUUUGGUCGUUUCGAUCAGACAGCGGAAGAAAAGACUUGCCAAGGAAUCUCAAAGCAAAGACCUGCCUACACCUCCUCCAAGCAAAGGCGCUCCUGUUCCUUCAACUAAUUUCUAUCAAAGCACCCCGUCUUAUCCCUCCUCGAAGUUGGAUCUUGAAAAGGGAAGCACGUACUUUGGAGCUCAUAUCUUCACCUAUGAAGAACUGGAAGAAGCCACCAACAGUUUUGACCCUUCUAGACAACUUGGAGAUGGAGGCUUUGGCACUGUUUACUAUGGCAAGCUGCGUGAUGGGCGUGUAGUUGCUGUCAAGCGCCUAUACGAAAACAAUUUCAAACGCGUUGAGCAGUUCAUGACUGAAGUCGAGAUCCUAACUCGCUUACGGCACCCAAAUCUUGUGACGCUGCACGGGUGCACCUCAAAACGUAGCCAAGAACUUCUCCUUGUUUACGAAUACAUUUCUAAUGGAACAGUCUCCGAUCAUCUCAACGGAACCCGGUCGAGCUCCGCUUUAAUGACUUGGCCUGUUCGGUUGAGCAUAGCCAUAGAGUCGGCCGAGGCACUGGCCUACCUCCAUGAUUCAGAUGUUAUACACCGGGAUGUCAAAACCACCAACAUUCUCCUCGAUGAUAAAUUCCAUGUGAAAGUGUCUGAUUUUGGUUUGUCACGAUUGUUCCCAUUAGAUGUCACGCAUGUGUCAACUGCUCCACAAGGGACGCCUGGGUAUGUUGAUCCAGAGUAUUACCAGUGCUACCAACUCACUGACAAAAGUGACGUAUAUAGCUUUGGAGUGGUCUUGGUUGAGCUUAUAUCGUCGCUACCAGCUGUGGACACCAGUAGACACCGGCACGAUAUAAAUUUGGCCAACAUGGCAAUCAACAAGAUUCAGAAUCAUGCAUUACAUGAGUUGGUCGAUCCGUCUCUUGGGUUCGAAAAGGAUUACGAUGUAAGGAGGAUGACAACGUCGGUGGCGGGAUUGGCUCUUCGGUGUUUGCAGCACGAGAGGGAUAUGAGGCCUAGCAUGGAGGAAGUAGUGGAAGUUUUGAGAGGAAUCAAGAACGAAGAGAUUGGUGCACAGAAAGCAGAAGUGGUGGAUAUUAGCGCAGAUGAUGUCGGGCUUUUGAAGAACAUUCCUCCCCCGCUUUCACCAGAUUCAUCUGGGAAUGAUAAAUGGGUUGGCAGCUCUACCACACCCAAUUCCUUCUAGCGCUUGAGAUUUCCUUAAUCUCUUUUUUCGCUCGAACUCUAAAGUAGAUGGUGAAAGUAUUGUAUACUCACAAGUGGAUGUCAAUAAGUGGGUUAACAUUUCAUUAUCUUCACUGUCGGUUGGUUCGAUUUUGUCUUGAUAUAUAGAAGAUGGAUGAUAGCUAGAGAGAAAUGAAAAUCCAUAUAUAGAUGCUUGUUGGGCAAUGUACAUAGUAAAUACAGUUGUCAAAAAGAAACUUAUUAGUAUUGGGAUGUAUUCAUGCACAUGCUCUGAUGCUUGGAUAACUUAAACAUUUUGAUUCAGAUUGUUUUA